AUGGCUCCAUCCAGCAUUCAAGAUAUUAUCGACAUAGAGCCGUCAGCUCCCGUCACAGGAGUGAAAGCUUCAAAGGCCGAUGGCUCACAUGACAACUUCCAACUGUUCCGCAUAUUGGUUCCCUUGGUUUCCAAUGGGAAAGUAACACAUCUCAACGCCGGUUUCAUGCCGCCAUCAAAUCUUAUUGUUAGCGAAGCGAUCGACCGCUUCUGUUCACAAUCUCUGCAUAGCCCUUCGCCGAAGACGUGCUGGCGUGAAGAGGUUGAAGCAUUACGAAAACUCCUCGCCAGCUAUAUCAACACAGAGCCUUCAUCUAUCGCCUUUGUCAGGGACACCACCGAAGGUCUCGGGAGCUUCAUUCACGGACUGAAGUUCGAAAAAGGAGACAACGUUGUCAUUCUUGAUUGCGAACAUCCAAAUCAAGCUUUUGGGUGGUUGGCAUUGCAGCCUGCAGGGCUUGAGGUCAGGUUCGCUUCAACAGACCCGGGAAAGCCAACUUCUGCAAACGCAGAUACGUUUGCUCCCUACAUUGACCACAGAACGAAAGCAAUCGGACUUAGCUCAAUCAUGUUCCAUAGCGGAGUAUGGAAUAACGUGGCUGAUAUCUGCUCGGCCUACCGACCUAGGGGAAUCCACGUACUGGCAGAUUUGACCCAACAAGUUGGGUUCGCCGAUGUCGAUGUUCAGUCUUUGGGGGUUUCAGCAGCAGCUUUCAGCCUACACAAGGGCCUCAACACGCCAACUGGUCUGGCUGCCCUCUACGUCGAUUCAGCCGUCAUUGAAGAGCUGGAUCCUACACCUCCCCUGGUCGGUUACGGAGGUGUCAGCAGUGUAAGCGACUCGGAAGAUUUCAUGAUACCAAAAGGUCCAGUUGCCUUCCAUUCCACAGCUCGUCGGUAUGAACACGCAAACAUGAGUUUCAUUUCGGCAGUCGCGGCACGAGCAUUUGUUCAGUUCUACCUCGGGCUUAUGGGUCCGAAGAAGGUUGAAAAUCAUCUGUACAGCCUCGGCGAUGCCCUACGCCGCUCUUGUGCUGGCCUCGGCAUCGGUAUCGUGGGUCCAGUGGAGAGGAACCAGCACGCUCCGCAUCUUUAUGUCCUUGAAUUACAUGACCCUAGAUGGCUUGAUUUCUUGACUGCGGCUGAAGUUUAUGUAACAAGAUUCCGUUCAGGAAUCAGAGUUUCGUUUGGGUUUUAUAAUAACUUGGAUGAUGUAAAAAGAUUGGUCUCAGUUCUCAAGUUGGGUCUUCAAACAGGCCUUCUGGUGCAAGAGACAUGA